GCUUUCCCAUCCACCGCCACCGCCACCGCCAUGGAUCCCUUCCACCACCUCAACACCGCCUUCUCCAACCCCUACCACCCGCUCCUCUCCUCCUCCCCCCCGCACCACCACUUCCCUCCGCUCCCCCCUCCGCCGCCCCCUCCUCUUCCUCCCGCCGACCCGCCCGAGCGGGAGCGCCUGCCGCAGUGGUCCCACGCCGAGACCUCCGCCUUCCUCGCCAUCCGCGCCGACCUCGACCACUCCUUCCUCUCCACCAAGCGCAACAAGGCCCUCUGGGAGGCCGUCUCCGCGCGCCUCCACGCGCAGGCCGGCGGCGGCUUCGCGCGCACGCCCGACCAGUGCAAGUCCAAGUGGAAGAACCUCGUCACCAGGUUCAAGGGCACGACCGGCGACGUUGCGCAGACUCCGGAUGGUGCCGAUCCUUCUGGCGUCGCCGCGGGGGCGAGGGGCUCGUUCCCAUUCCACGACGAGAUGCGGCGGAUCUUCGACGCCAGGGUUGAAAGAGCGCGCGCAUUGGAGGCGAAGAAGGCCAAGGGGAAGGACCCAGCCUCUCGGGGUGAUCCGGACGACGACGACGGUGGUGGUGGUGUCGGCGACGAGGAUGACGAGGACGCGGAGCUGCUGGAAGACGAAGAGGAAACCGCGGAAACGAAGGGGGCCGUGGGGAGGAAGCGGAGAAGGAGUAAGGCGGCGCCGGCGAGGACGGCGUCUGCGGGAGGAUCGGGGAUCGAGAUUGGCGAGGUGGAGGCGGUGCUGCGGGAGUUCAUGCGGCGGCAGACGGAGAUGGAGGAGCGGUGGAUGGAGGCGGCCGAGGCGCGGGACGCCGAGCGCCGCGCGCGCGAGGAGGAGUGGCGCGCCGCCAUGGUCGCGCUCGGCGAGGAGCGGCUCGCGCUCGUGCGGCGCUGGCGGGAGCGGGAGGACGCGUGGAGGGCGCGCGCCGAGGAGCGCGAGGAGCGGCGGCACCAGCUCGUCGCCGCACUGCUCGCCAAGCUCGGCGGCGGCGGCGACACGUCCUAG